AUGAAUGGGGAAACUAUCCAAGAUAUUGAUAUAAAAGAAAAAAAUGUUUUUGAAAAAUGGGGGAAGAACAAAAGCAACGUUGUGGGAAAGAGCAUAUGUUUUUAUGAAGACUUUAUAAAAUUAAGAGAAAAGAUAUUAUUAAAAGAAAAAGAAAUUGUAGAAAAACGAAAUAAGUGUUUAAGUAAAAAUGAUGAUAAUUGUUAUGUAGCAAAUAAGAAUAAAGUUAUAUAUCGAACAUUCGAUGAAUUUUAUAAAUAUAAAAAAUCAUGUGAAGAAAACGAACAUAAAAGACAAAAAGAAGCUUUACAUUUAUUAAACAGAAGGAAUAAAAAUAAUAAUAAACAAAUAAUAGAAUCUAUAAGAGAUAAUGAAAAGUAUUCAUAUAUAAAAUUUAAAAAGGAAAGGCAAGGUACGGUCAAAUAUUUAAAGGAAUAUUUUCAAAAAAUGCAGGAGGAUAAUUUAAAAAAAAAAAAAAAAAAUGAUGUAUUAAAGAAGUUGGAAAGAAAAUCUUAUAUGAUAAAAAAGGAUGUAACAAAAGGAAUGGUAUAUCGUAAGAAAGAGAAACAUGACGAUAUAAUAAAUGGUGAUAUAAUGAAUGAUGAUAUAACAAAUGAUGAUAUAAUGAAUGAUGAUAUAACAAAUGAUGAUAUAACAAAUGAUGAUAUAACUAAUGAUGAUAUAACUAAUGAUGAUAUAACAAAUGACAAUAUAACAAAUGAUAAUACACCAAAUGAUGAUACACCAAAUGAUGAUACACCAAAUGAUGAUACACCAAAUGAUGAUACACCAAAUGAUUAUUUAACCAAUUAUCUUUCCAUAGAUAACUCAGAAAACUUACGAUUUGAUAAUAUGAAUGAGAAAGAAAUAAAAUUACUCCAAGAAUUAAUAGACGAUAUGAAAAAAAAUUGUAAGAACGAUGAAGAUUAUAUCUCUAAUUUAAUUGAAGAUUUAUAUAAUAAUAAUCAAAUAUAUAUUAUUGAUAAAAUAUAUAAUAUUUUAAAAAAUGUAGAUAAAGAGAUAUUACAGGAAUCUAAAUUAAAUAUCAUUAAUUAUGAUGCUUCACAUUUACUUUUAAACAAUAAAGAGAUGUUAAUGAACGGGGAUAUUUUACAAAAAAAUAAACAAGUACCCAGUAUGGAAAAUAUAGAUAUUAAUAAUAUGGAUAAUUGUAAGGAUCAAAAUGAUAGCAUACAAAAAAUAAAUGAUUACAAAAGAACAAAAAAAAAUCAAGCACAAGAAAUAUUAGAUAAUAUGAAUGAAUACAUGAACUAUAACAAAUGUAAUAAUUAUGUAAAUUGUAAUAGUGACUUCCAUGAGGUUUUAUGGGAAAAACAAAAUGAUGAUGAUGAUAAUAAAAAUGAUGAUGAUAAUAAAAAUGAUGAUGAUAAUAAAAAUGAUGAUGAUAAUAAAAAUGAUGAUAAUAAUAAAAAUGAUGAUGAUAAUAAAAAUGAUGAUGAUAAUAAAAAUGAUAAUAAUAAUAAAAAUUAUGAGGAUAAUAAUAAAAAUGAUGAUAACAAUAAAAAUGAUGAUAAUAAUAAAAAUGAUGAUAAUAAUAAUGAAUGCAUAGUUACAUUUAAUGACAAAGAAGAUGUCAAUAUAAACAACGAAAAUAAUAACAAACCUUUUAUAGAGGAUGAUAAUUUAGAAAAUAAUAAAAACGGAGAUUAUGGUGAUAAGGACAUAAAUAUUACCAAAAAAAAAAAUAGUAAACUUAUAAAAAAAUUUAAACAAAAAAGUAAUAAAAAUAUAAAAGAUGCAAAUUACACAAACAAGUUCGACUGGUUUUAUAAUACAAUGAAUGAUAUAUAUAAAGAACAAAUUGUAAAUAAUCAACAGGAAGAUAUAAAUUCCAAUUUAUAUGAAGAAAGCAAAGAUAUAUUUAGUGAUGAGGACAGUGAAAAAAACGAUAUGUUUUUAUGGUUAAAAAAUAAAGAUAUAGAAAAUGUAUUGUGUGAAAAAAGAACAACCAUGGAUGAAAAUUAUUAA